AUGGCAUGGAUGUAUAACUGUAUGGGUGCGGCUUUAACAACACACCUUGGUUUACAUGUAGUGGAGUAUCAAAAAAUCGCAGGCAUUUCGCCCGAGGAUAAAGACUCACGCAUCCGAACGUUUUGGCUUUGGUUUCGUAUUGACCGAACUCGUGUUUAA